UGAACUUGAAUAAAUCCAGUAGUUUGAAGGACAUCAAAGAGCAACAAAGCUCGAUCUGGGAUCUCUGAAAGUUACAUUUUUUUCUCUUUUUUACUUUGUGCUGCUCUUUGAUCCUUGACUCCGAUCUGUGAUGCGAGUUUUGUGAUCCGUUGCCGCGCUCGUCUUUCCUCAUGUGUCUCUUCUUCUUCUUCUUUGCCUCCAGCCUGUCGGCCAGCUCUCUGACAGUGUCGUCCAGCAGCAGCCGCGGCUCUCUGGCCUCCAGCCGUGGCUCUCUGGCGUCCAGCCGAGGCUCCCUCAGCUCCAUCAGCUUCAGCGACAUCUACGGCCUCCCCCAGUACGAGCGCCACGACGCGGCCGGGGAGCCUCUGGACCCCCACCUGCGCUACCUGCUGCAACCGGAGCCGGCGUCCCGGGACUGCUCCGUGUUCACCCCGGACCCUCUGACCCAGAGCAAAAGCAAGCGCUCCCACGACACCCCGCAGUCGCUGGCCUCGCUCUCCUCCCGCUCCUCGCUCUCCUCCCUGUCGCCGCCCAGCUCCCCCAUGGACACGCCCUACCACUCGGCCCCCCAGGACUGCCCGCUCACCCAGAUGACGGAGGAGUACAUGGAGCAGGCGGGCCGCGGCCUGUUGGAGGGUCUGCGGGCUCAGACGCAACCGCCGGCCCACAACAACACCGAGGACGCCGGCGGCGUGCACCCGCUGGACAACAAGAGUCACCGAGACGCCGCAACUCAGGGCGCCUUCACCUCCACAGGAGUGACCCUGAGGGGGAACAGCACCAACAGGAGCGGUCGACGGGCCCGGAGAGUCUCUGCGGGCGUGUCGGAGGACGCUCUGGCCACAGACAGCGGUGUGUUCGAGGCCUGGGGCAGAAGCAGGGCCGAGGAGUCCGAUGAGAUGUCGUACAUGAAGGAUCUGACCUCAGUGAGCGAGCCCACCCAGAUCCAGCUGGGUCUGCUGUGGGAGUCCAGCUCUCAGUCUCUCCGGCUGCAUCUGCUCCAGCUCAAGAACCUGAACAGGUCCAUCGUGAGAGACGGCUUUAAAGUGUAUGUGAAGGUGCACUUGGUUCCUCUGGACGCCGGCCGGGCCUGUGCGUUCUACUGCUGCACGGCGCUGGAGCCGCAGCCUCAGAUGAGCUUCAACGAAGGCUUCCGCAUUCCCGUCGCUGCUACCGCCCUGGGGGGGUGCGGCCUGCAGCUGUCCGUCUGCUCGCUGGGACCCGAGGCUCAGGAGGAGCUGCUGGGCACCGCCCAGGUGACUCUGGCUGAUUGUGAGGGAAGUGCAGAGAUGGUGUACCACUGGCUGCGAGUGCAGAUGCUGAGCGGGACGCCGGAGAUGAACCGACCCGAACAGAAGAGCCUCGGCCACCGCAGACACCACGACGGCCAGGAAGACGAGCAGAGGGCCCGAGCCAUGGACGCUCUGCUGUCCCGCACCACCACCACCACCACCACCACCCAUCUGGAGGAACGGGAGGCCGAGCUGGAGCUGCAGAGGCUGGAGAAGAAGGACGAGGUGGCGUCUGAGAGGAGUUGGCAGGCGGAGUCGAUGGACAGCGGCUGCAGCAACAGCACGCCGUUCAUCGCUCCCUUCUCAGAGGGGCUGUGUGCAGAGGGCAUCUGCAUCACCACCGGGGGGCGCUGUGACCAGACAAGCAGCAAACUGUCCACAGUAAAGAUGGAGAAGGCCACCAUGACAGAAGGCCUGUACCCGGAGCCGGUGCGAGUCCGGCCCAAAGAGAGGGGGGGUCGCUGGGGCCACGCCUCGCCGUUCAUGCGCGGCAGCACCAUUGUUCGCUCUCAGACCUUCUCUCCUGGGGCUCGUAGUCAGUACGUCUGCAGGUUGUAUCGCAGCGACAGUGACAGCUCAACGCUACCAAAGAAAUCGCCCUUUGUCAGGAACACGUUGGAAAGAAGAACGUUGAGAUACAAACAGCAGUCGUAUCGCUCCUCCCUGGCCGAGCAGCCGACACGUACCUCCCUGGACCUGGAGCUGGAUCUCCAGGCCUGCAGGACGCGUCAGAGGCAGCUGAUGGAGGAACUGAGCGCCCUGAGGGAGCUGAAGCUGAGACUGGAGGACCCACAAGCCAGAGAUACCACGGAGCUCCCCCACUGGGCCCUGAGGGACGAGCGCUUCCGCUGCCUGCUCAGGGAGGCCCAGAGACAGGCCAACCAAAGCAAGCAGGAGCAGCGUCAGGAGGAGGCGGCAGAGCGGCGGCUGAGGAAGGCUUCCAAAGAGGUUCUGCAGAUGAGGGGCCAGAGCCACAAGGAGCCCCUCCCUGUGCAGACAUUCAGAGAGAAGAUGGCUUUUUUCACAAGACCAAGGUUCAACAUACCUCCUUUGCCAGCGGACGACGUAUGAGAGCUCUCCUCCGUGCUGCGUGACUCAACAUGAAGUAUUUGUCAGAAGAUUGUUUCUGAGCUCAUGAAGUACAAAGUUGUUUUUUCUAUCGGGGGGGAUGGUGAAGAUUAGAAGGUUUUUUUCUUACAAACACUCUAGAAACAAGUUAUCCACAACAGGUUUCUUUGGGGGGGGGGGGGGGUAUGAGUUACUUCUGUUUGUUCUUACAAAAAGCUGGAAGACGGGAACAAAAGUAUCUUGGGACAGAUUCACUGUACUGUAACUUAUUUUAUAGUACUUUUCCUUGAAGGAAAUAAAAGAACACAGAACGCUUCCUGCUCUUUACGUGUAGCUUUGAACAAAUAGCACUUCAAUGUUUUUACAUUCAGUUCAAUGGAACGAUUGUCUGAUUCUUUGUUUUCUGUUACUUCAUUCUUAAGAGUUAUUUACAUCAAAUGUCACUUUGUAAUCCACUUUUAUUACAGAUGUCAUUGUCUUUUUGUUAUCUUAUUAAAGUUAAUAUUAUUACUUGUACUUUUCAAUAUACGGAUGAAUAUAUGAGACGCUGUAUUCAGAUGUUUUUUUUAUGAUGUCUGUAUGAACAUCUGCAGUGUUACCUCUUGUGAAGAUAAAAACAUUAAACCACG